UGUUGACCGUGAGAAUCUGGGUUUUUUUUAUGGAUAUUACAUUUCCAUUACAUGAACUGUUGUUCCCAGCAAAGCUAUGAUGGAGAGUCUUUCAGAGGAGGUGUUGCUUUUGAUAUUUCAGAACAUUGAACCAUUGGAGCUUAUUUCCUUGUCGAGAGUGAACCGCUGCUGGCGUAGACUUGCACUUAUUCCUCAACUUCACAGAUCCAUCAACUUUCAUGGGAAGCAACAUCUCUCCUCUGGUAUCAUCUGUAACUACAUCGGCAAGUUUAAGCACUCAAUUCAAGAGCUGAAUCUACGAGACUGCUAUUGGAUUAAAGGAGCUAUCCUUUCUAGAACGCUGCAAAAUUGCCGAAAAUUAACAUUUCUCAACGUACUUGGUUGUAGUGUUACCAAAAAAACACUUUGUUCUCUUUUAAAACUCAAUGCCAACCUUAAAACGCUUGCAUGGUCUAUGAGUAAAAGGGAUUUGCCCCAUAGUGAUACAUGUACUAGUGACAGAGUAUUCAAAGGAAUAUUGCUCUCUUUCUGCAGUGGACUUUCUGAAGCUUUUAAAGGUUUGGAUAGUCUGACAAUCCGGCUUCCUUGCUUUUAUGAUACCUGUUUCAUAGUGGAUCAGGGAAUUCCAAUCAUUUGCAGCGAACUUCAUUUGAAGUCAUUUACCUUGCAGUGGAUUGAUACAUCAGGUCGUUUAUCGUCCUCUUGUCCCAAACUUGCCAUUGAAGGAAGUGAAAUCCAGUUUCAAAGAAGAGAGAAGGGAAUUAUUUAUGAUGGUUACAGUAUUAUUGGAGAAGCACGGGAGUCAAUCAUUCACGAGUUGGAAAGUGGAACUCUCCGUACAUUCAUUGUGCCCACCAGCCAUCCAUUAACCAAUUACAGAAACCAUGAUAUUUGUGAAAAUUUUGUGAAAACUGUGGGAAACAGGUCAUCUAUUGUCAACUUGAAGUUGGGGGUCUUGGAUUUGAAGGAUGUAGAUUGUCUGACAGCAAUUCUUAGCUUCCAGUGGCAGACAUUGGUUUAUUUGAAUCUUUCUAAUCUGGUCAUUACUGGCCAUUUUCUUCAAGCCAUUGCAACUUCUUCACCAAAUUUGGAGAUUCUCAACGUACAAAAUUGUUCUGGUUGCUUCACUCCAAUUCAUGGACUAGAGUCACUGGCUUUAUUUUGCCCAAAAAUGACUGAGCUGAACCUCAACGGAGUUCAUUAUGAUCAAACAUCCCAGGAAGAAUCAAAUAGCUGCAUCAAGGUCAUCUCCAAAUUCACCAAUCUGGUUUCUCUCAGCAUCUGUACGUGUGUGAUGAAUCAAGUCUCGAGUGAUCACUUGGACGGUGCUGAGACUAGCUCUAAAGGAAGGAUAGUCAAGGGAAAAAAAAGAGUCUGUCAUGAACAGAAUCUUAAAAAUUCUCAGUCAAGGGAUGACUCAGUCACCAAAUUGCUGAACAGCUUUUUUGUUCUUACUCAAGAAUGCAGAGGAAUAACAGACUUUGAACUUUGGUUUCCUUCAUUUCUUGACAGAGAAACUGCCUACCAUCGAGCCUUCUACCCAACAGUACAAACAUGUGAUGUAAGAAGGGGUACAUUUGACAGCCUCCUGCCAAUUGCAAACUGGAAACACCUGCAAAGACUUACACUCUCAGUGCCAUUUACACAAGGAGGAUUGAAAUUCCUAGUGACCAUCGCACAGAACUGCAGCAAUCUUCAAUUUCUGUCUCUUGCAAACUUCAAUAAUCUCAGUCAUUCAGGGAAUAUUGCGCUGCUGCAACAGGCUCUUUCUUGCUGCCAUCAACUUCGAGAUUUCAGAUUUCAACAGAAAGGGUUUCGGAUCAAUGAGUCAUUCCUAUUGUCACUUAGAGAAUUAAAACAUCUUCAACGCGUGUGCAUUAUUGCUAAAGAAGGUCCUUUGGCAGUGGUUCCUCAAACAAUCAUCUCAUUGUUUGAAAAGUGCCAGAAACUAUAUUAUUUCAGUUUAUUCUGUGAAAUGACAGUAAAGGUCAGUAGAAUCAUCAUGGAUUCUAUAAAGAAGAGAUUUUCAGAUAUACGCCCGGCGCUGAUUGUGGUUUUAGUUCCAUUUCGCCAGGGCGACCUGCACUCCAGGCUUUUAGAAGAAAGAACUUCCAUUCCCUUUGUGCAUAUUAAUGAAAUGUUGCUUGCUGAAUCGUCAGUUGCAAGCAGUUUUAAAUAGACACAUCCACAAAAAUUAGUGAACAUCGUUCCCUUUUCUAAAAUGUCAUUCGCAGAUCUUGAAAGCUGAGAGAACAGCAAUAAUGAAAUGAAAGCAGUCUCCUUGUUUAGUUGAAACCCAGUGGAAAAUUAAAAGAAAUAAGCAAACUGCUGUGUGUUAAAGAAAAA